AUUCCUGGGCAGGAAAUAAUUGAACCGCCACCAUUUUGUUAUUAUUCAUAGGAUUCUCAUGUGCCCUGGAAUUUCUUUUUUAGCAGUUUAUCGAUUUCUUACACUUUUUAAGGUUUUGCAGCUGUGUUUUCGAAAGAAUGGUUAUUGAUUUCCGAGAAUAUCAGCAUGUUAUGGCCUAAAAUGGCAAUAGUUCAUUGAAAACACUGCUUUUAUUUCAUUGUUUUUGUUUGGCUUGUUGAGUAAGGUCACAAAGAAUGGAGUGAUAUUUGUGUCGUUCUUUGUGUACUUGAAGAGGGCAGCUGGUUGCAAUGGAGCUGUACAUUGAAACACUGACAGGAGCUGCAUUUGAGCUAAGGGUUUCGCCUUUCGAAACGAUAAUGUCGGUGAAGGCAAAAAUACAAAGAUUGGAAGGUAUUCCAAUAGCUCAGCAGCACCUGAUCUGGAAGUCAGUGGAAUUGGAAGAUGAUUAUUGUCUCCAUGACUACAGUAUCCAUGAUGGUGCCACUCUCAAGUUGGUCCUUGCUAUGCGUGGUGGACCCAUCAACACACGCAGAAUUCCCAUGGAGGAUCCAGCUUUACGAGAGAUGGCUGAGUAUGUGGAGGCAAAUCGUGAUGAGAUCUGGGAGAAGUUGCCUGGCAACCGACAGGUUACCUUGCUAGUGUUCCGUGAGGGAGAUCAGCUUAAUUUCUUCAGAGUUGUUGACCGUGGGGAUGGAACACUUACACCUCUGUCAGAAUCUCUCAGCGGAGCUUCAAUGUACAACUUCAAUGAUGAGGAAGACGAGGAGGAUGCCCCAACAAAGGAAAAAGUGGAGGAGAACGAACAACUCAAGGAGAAAAUGAAACAAAUCAGGUUAAAAAUGGAUAAAUUGAAUAUAAGCAAAAAGCCACAUAGAAAACCUCAUCCACCAACAUCUGGUCGUGCAGGCAGCCGUUCAUCAAGAUUGCGUCAUCUCCCUGCCAGUACGAGCUACAGUCUAGGUCCAACUCUCAAUCGUAACCUUUGUCUACCACCUGUAGGUCACUCAAUAGGUACAAUGAGUCACCAUCAUCACCAUCACCCCUCAUCGUUGGCACUGCAACAUCAGUUGUUGAAAGAAAGGAUUGAGCGACUAGACAGAGAAGAAGAGAAGGAGAGAGCACAAGCUGCUUUUGAUUCAUCAGUACAAGCAAUUGCAGGUCCAUCUACUAGCAAGUUGUCUGAUGAUUCAGACGAUUCAGAUGGGCCAACUCUUGAAGAACUUUCAACUGCCGCUUCUCAUCAACUAGAUAGUCUAGAGAGACUUAGUCAGGUCCUGUCUAGAGUUAUCGAAGGAGGGGCAGCUAAUAAAGAAGCAGAAAAUAAGACAGUUCAAAAUCAGGAAAAAGAUAAAAGUAGUGAAACUGUAGAAAAAUCUAGUAGUGAAGAAACUGUAAAACCAGUUGAAGCCCCUCCUAAAGCUAGUGAGAAAGAGAAUAGUGAUAAGACACUGAAUGAAUCGCCUAACUGUGAUAAUGGCAUUGAAUCUGCUACCCCAGCCAAUGUCAGAAGAGAAUUACUUCGACUUAGUAGCCAAGCUGGAGAAAAUUCUGCAUGCUCUCGUCCAGUGACUUCAUCUAAGAUCAAAGAUGUUACGCUGGAAAACUUGCGAGAAUCACUUCGUCCGCCUAAUUCCUCUAAGGGGAAGUCUAAAAUAAAAACUGAAUAUUCUUUGUUUGAUAGUUUGAGAGACUCAAUAGGAGCUAGUUCUUCUUUGUCUCGACAUAGUUCACUAGAUAAACGUAAAGAAUUUACUUUAGAAAGUUUGAGUACAAGUGAAGCACGUGCUAUGUCAGGAUUAUUACGUCAAGCUUCGCUUGAGAAAGUAGGAUCAUCCCGUAUUGGUAAUGUGACUGUUACAAGUGCUAGUAGAAAUCGAGUGACAGGGAAUUAUAUGUUAGGUAACUCUACAUUCCCAGAUGGAAGGAUUACGACUCCAGAAGGAAGAUUGGUGUCUGCCCGAUUGCAGAGAAUGACAGCUAGUCGAGAUGGGCGUAUUCUGUCCCCCACCCAUCGCCUGCCUCCUGUCAAAGCUAAGAAAAAAGGGUCAAAAAGAUGUUUUGUUUGUGCUAAGAAAACAGGUCUUGCAUGUAGUUACACUUGCAGGUGUGGUAACAAUUUCUGUGCUAGCCACCGAUAUGCAGAGUCCCACGAAUGUACCUUUGACUAUAAGACUGAAGGCAGAAAGCUUCUGGAGCAGAAUAAUCCUGUAGUCAGUGCCCCCAAACUUCCAAAAAUAUGACACCAGUCUGGUUUUAGAAUGUUGUGAUAGGACAGACAACACAGUCUGCUUUGUUCAUGUUGUUGUUAGUUGUUGUUGCUAUUAAAAAUUUAUCAUGUAUUAAUAAUUGUUCAUAAGAAAAGAGUGUAAUUUUAGCAGAACAUUAAAAUUAUGUCACAUACCGGUAAUCAAAAGUUUACUUUCAAUAAAUUAUAAAAAGAGACUAUUACUUUUCUCAUUAACAUUGUUGAGAUACCUUCCUAGUAUACAAAUACCUCACGGAAGUGUUGCUUAUAUCCCCCCAUUUUAGGAUUGCAAGGAUUAAUUAUAAAACUAUAAGAUAGCAUAAUUUAGACUGAUUUUGUCAGGGAUUUAUUAUGUUACGUAGGGAAAGCUUUUGCAUGUUAGACUUGUUAAUGGUGCUACAUAAAUUGCAGAUAAAACGCAGGAAAUUGGAGAAUGAAAAUGUUACUGUUAUAGUGUGAUUUAACUUUGCUUACACAGGUUAAGAGUUUGCAGAAAUGUUAGGGCGUGUUGUUUAGACAUUGUUAGUGUUGUAUGAUUAUUAACACAAGGGUACCUCUUGUUUCUUUUUAUCAUUAUCAGAUUUUUUUGUCAAAAUUUGAUAUUUUUAGAUUUAUGAGAUAUUUUAAUAACUGCAGUUAACAUAUCCAGUAUAUAUUGGAUUGUGUAAUUUAUUAGAUAGAACUAAUACAUUAUUGCAAAUAUAUAGACAUGCACAAGCUUUAAGGUUUAUUUCCUGCAUACCUGCCAAAACCAGCAACAGCUUGUGUUGGCAGACAACAGUUCACAUGUCCUUUUCUUGCGCUUCUUUAUUAAAAUAAUGAUAUCAAAUUUUUUCAAUCAUUUAUUUUUUUUAUGUUUUCUAAAAAUAAUUUUAUUAUACCAUUGUCAUUUGAUUUACUGAACACUUGUGAUAACUACUGUUUUACAGCAUUUUAAGUUGUUGAUCUCUAGAAGGCGUAUUAUGCUAUUCAUAUUUAGCUACUUGUUGUUUUUUGUGUGUGCAUUAAUCUGGUUUUUAAACAGUUUGUUGGAAGAAUACUGUUUCCUUCUUUUUUAAUUUGAUUGAAGAAUACACUAUAUGUUACAUUAUUUUGGUUUUAAACAAUGUGAUGGAAGAAUACUCCUUUUU